CUGGCAUUGUGGGUUUUGUUUCAUCAUACCAUCAUGAGACAAUGUCUGCCUCCCUUCCCUGGUCCUGUCGCACUGUCUCUAGGCUGCAUUUGCACUGCUGGGGAUUUUCCAGAUCCUCCUCUGGGUCUCGCUUUAAUUCUGCUCUCCUGUUUGUGUCCAUGUUGUUUUUCUCCUAGCUUUGACUCAAAAUAAAAGUGGAAGUGUUUUUGACAAAAUACGAUCAUCCCCCUAGAGCCUCUUAUCAAAGAAUAUGUGAGGAUGUGCAGAGACAGUCCCUCUUGUGCAUAUGCAAGCGUGUUUCCUGGCUGGCAAAGAUUUGAUGAUUGUUUUUUUUUUCUUUGCUUACAAGAGAACUGGUACCUGAGAACUCAACAAUGGCACAAUAUGACACAAGUUACUCUAGGACAAGACAAGAAGCUACGUCAAACUUUUCAAAUGUAAUUAAGAACAGCAAACUGAUUGUAACAAACCCCAUACAAAUAAACCUGCUGAACACAGUCCAGAAAGAUCUGGAUGAAGAUGAAACGGUCAGGAGAUACACAUUUGGAAGAAAGGACCCCCAAAAAAGGAACAGGACAAUCCUGAUCGUAGGAGAAACAGGAACAGGAAAGUCUUCACUCAUCAAUAUGAUGGUCAACUACAUGCUGGGUGUGAAGUGGGAAGACAAGAUCAGGUUUCAAAUCAUUCCGGUUGGAGUUGACCAAACUAAAUCUCAGACCACUGCGAUUACUGUCUAUGAGAUUUAUGGGCUGGAGGAACUGUCUGUUCCUUUUUCCCUCACAGUCAUUGAUACACCAGGAUAUGAAGACACAAUAGGUCGGUAUAAAGAUAAAAACAUUGCUCAGAAUCUGUACACAUUAUUGAAAUCUGUAAGUGGUGUUCAACACAUAGAUGCAGUUUGCCUUAUGGUAAAGGCAACUGAAAAUACCCUCAGUGACACCAAGAAGUACAUCUUUGAUGCCAUCCUGUCCAUCUUUGGGAAGAACAUAGAGAAAAACCUCCUGACUCUCAUCACCUUCUCACACUGGACUCCACCUCCAGCUCUUAAUGCAGUUAUGAACUCUGGCAUACCUUUCCGCAGAGACGAAGGUGGUCAACCUGUUCACUUCCUGUUCGACAACCUUCCUCCUGAGAAGUUUGCUACGAAAUACAAAGAAACAUAUAAAACAGCCUGGGAUAAUGGAGAAAAGAGCUUGAGGGAGUUCUUUCAGAUUUUGGAUCAAAUGGAAACUCAAAACUUGAGGAUGACUGAAUAUGUCUUGGGGGACCGUAGAAAACUGGAAGCUUGUAUCCAGAGCUUGGAUAACCAGAUCGAGGUGAGGCACAUGAAGCAGAAGGAACUUGAGGGCCACCAGAAAACUCUGGAAAAGCACAAAGAGGACAUGAGGAAAAAUAACAACUUUACAUAUAAAUACAAUGUAGUCGUCAUGAAGAAGGUCAAAGUUAAGAGCAAAGCAACUUGCUGCACCGUGUGUGAGGUAAACUGCCACUAUCCAGGGUGCUGGUGGGCAACUAACCUACGAUGGUGUUCUGUGAUGGAGAACAGAAAAUGUACCGUCUGUCCCGGAAAAUGCAGCUACGAGGUCCACAAAAAAGGCAAUGAAAUAUAUGAGGCAGUAAAAGAAGAAAAAACUGGAACUUAUGAGGACCUGAAAAAAGAUACUGAAGGCAAAAUACUCUCAGCGGAGGAAGUGAUGUCCACAAUUCAGAAAGAAGUGAUGGACAGUGAGGCUGAAAUGAGCAAACUGAUCGAGAGGUCUUAUAAGUCCAUUCUCCGGCUUAGAGAGCUUGCUCUGAAGUUUAAGUCAGAUUCUACUCUUAAGUGUAUUCGCAGGCUGAUUGAAAUUCUGAAGGAGAACAAAGACAUGGAGAAGGCGGAAACACUGCAGAAGAUGCUGGAUAUGUGAGGAGAUUAACAGACACGGGGAAGACGUGUGCUAAGUUGCAUGCGCUUCUGCCUUUCAGAGUUGUAUGGUCAGAAUUAUAUGGUUGAGCAAACAAAGUAAACAAAGGUAUAUUCAGUCAGGAUUAUAACUUUACUUAUGUCUACCUCUAAUGGUGGAACCUAUUGUCUCCAUAGAAACUGCUGAAGAGACACUCCCAGGCUCAGCAGAACAAUAUAUGAGGUGUUCGGAGAAGUAAUCACAAUUAAAUCCAGAAAGCAAGUGUUUGACAAGAAGGAAAAUAUGACAGUAUGCUUGAGUGGUAAAAUACUACAACUUGUUUUAGUUUUUUAUAUUGGAUUGGUUUUGAGUUGAUUUUUAUUUACUAACUGGUGUGUUUUAUUAUUUAAAAAAUUGCAUCCAUGAAUAGCUUUUUUAGAAGUUGAUUUAGUGUGUAAUGUAGUUUUGGAUUUGUGAAAUACAUGAAGCCCUGUACUCCAUUAAAUAAAACUGGACAAAUAAUUUCAAGAAUCUUGCAAAAAAUUGUACUUGGGAGGAAGAACUGCUGGGGUAGUACUUUACUGUUUCCAAUCUCUUAUACUGUCAGCCUUCAUUGCAGGUAAAUAUAACUUUGUUUACUCUGUUUGAAAUCCAGUUCUCCUCUGUUUAUUUCUUUUAAGGCCAGUUCAGAUCAAAACUAUGAGGGCAGACCAGACAAGAUUAAUUUUUUAACAUCAUAGAAAGGGUGUGAAGUUAAAUCAAUUUACUGUUUCCAUAGCAACCAGUUAAUUGGUUGACCGAUUCCAUCUCAUCUUCCAAUUCAGGACUCAAGAUUUGACUUGUAAACUUGUAACCUUCAGAGACCUCAAGUGGCCAUCAGCACACAUUCUAAUAAAAAACUUGGUUGUCCAAGGCAAAUGACAUUUAUUCUGAAAACAUCAUGAAACCCUAUUGAUUUUCUGAUCUGAACUGGUUUGUGUAAUGGUCUUUUGUUUUUUAAUGCACUAUGGAGUGCUUAAUGUUUCCCCAGAUCCCAUAAUCCUGAUGUUGCAUGGGUAAUCAAGAAUUGCGCAGACCCAGAUCCCUAGGUGGAGCUGUGUAUAGAUUUAAAAAAGCCUUUUGACAUGAACUGCUUUGGUGGGAGGGGGAAAAUAUAAUAUAUGCUCUGCUUUAGCUAGUGAUAAAAACCAUUGUUUUCUCAAUUAAUAUAGUUAUGAAUGUAACCAAUCUUUUACUUAAUCCCUUUUUUUAGCCAUUUACUGUUUAAUUUGCUUACAUAGGACUGUACGUGAUGUAUAUUGCUGAAAUUGUGCAACAUGAGAAUACCUUUCUUCAUAUCUGGACAAUGAAUAACAGGACCAAUGGACCACGGGGAGGUUGAUGCAGCUGAUGUUCUGGAACCAGAAGAAUCAAACUGAAAACAACAGCCAAUGAGGAGUAUCAAAGUGAAUCUAAUUGUAAAAUGUACAAGUGGAAACAAGGGGUUUGGGUGCCAUCUUGGUCACCCUCCUUUGGUAUAAUCUCACUGAUUCCAUCCUUUCUGAAGCUCUUCCCAUAUUCACUGUAGAUGUAACACCCCUCUCAUUCUGACUGAUGUUCCAGUUAGAUCAGGGCUCCUACAAGAAGCACUGAACUUCACCUUGUGCUGAAAAUGUCAAAUGCACUAUGGUGUAAUGUUUUGCGUUUUGUGAAACCCAUAAGUUUGUGAAGAUCUAUGCAUGAAAUAAAGGGUUCAGAUAAGA